CAAUACGAGGAGAGGACAGAGCACAGAUCACCGACACAAACGCUUCUGUUUUGUUUUGUUGAUUUAGGAUGGCCAUGCUUGCUUAUGAGGCAGCAAUAAUUGCAGCAUUCUUCUGCUUCUUAUACUUCUUCCAUCGGAGACAAUGUUGCAGACACCCUCUCUUCACUGACUUUCCCAUCCUUGGCAUGCUGCCACAAUUACUCUUCAAUUUGUGGCGAGCCCAUGAUUAUUCAACUCAGGUGUUGAAACAACGUGGGGGCACCGCUGAGUUCACUGGACCUUGGUUUACUAAAAUGAACUGCUUGGUCACUGGUGACCCCAUCAACGUGCACCAUGUCAUGAGCAAGAGCUUCCCCAACUACGUCAAGGGACCCGUGUUCCGCGAGAUUUUUCAAGCCUUCGGAGAUGGGAUUUUCACCGCUGAUUCCGAGGCUUGGAAAUACAACAGGAAUCUCUUCCAUUCUCUCUUCAAACACAGAAGCUUUGAGGUGUUUCUGGAGAAAACCAUUCACAACAAGGUGCAGAAUACCCUCCUUCCAAUGUUGGAUAAUCUACAGCAACAAGGGAGGGUGGUGGAUCUUCAAGAUGUCUUCAAUCGCUUCACCUUCGAUAACAUAUGUUCUAUGGUUCUUGGAUAUGACCCUAGUUGCCUUUCAAUUGAUUUUCCCGAAGUUGAAAUUGAGAAGGCUUUUAACCAAGCGGAAGAGUCCAUAUUCUACAGACAAAUAGUGCCAAUAUGCUUUUGGAAGCUCCAGAAAUGGCUUCAAAUUGGUCAAGAGAAGAAGAUGACAGAAGCAUGCAAAACACUUAAUCAAUUCAUACAUGCAUGUAUAGCAUCUAAGAGAGAAGAGCUAAACAAGUACAAAGAAAAUGAAAUGGGUGAAGCUCAUAAAGACUUGUUAACAGCUUUGAUGAGAGAAGGAAAAGCACAUGACGAUGGAUUUCUAAGGGAUUCUGUGUUUAAUCUAUUUGUGGCUGGAAGAGAUACCAUAACUUCAGCUCUCACGUGGUUCUUUUGGCUUGUUGCUACAAACCCCUUAGUAGAAGCCAAGAUUCUGGAAGAGAUAAAAGAACAGUUUGAAACCAAUGAGAAGAUGCUUGGGGUUUUAACGGUGGAGGAGGUGAAAAAGUUAGUUUAUCUGCAUGGUGCUAUAUGUGAAGCAUUGAGGCUUUUUCCUCCUAUACCUUUUGAGCGCAAGCUAGCAAUUAAAGCUGAUGUGCUUCCUAGUGGCCAUAGUGUUAAUUCCAGAACAAUGAUAUUAUUUUCUUUGUAUGCAAUGGGAAGAUUUGAAGAAACAUGGGGGAAAGAUUGUUUGGAAUUCAAACCAGAGAGGUGGAUCUCAGAGAAAAGAAGUAUUGUUUAUGUGCCAUCUUACAAAUUCAUUGCUUUUAAUGCAGGACCUAGGACUUGCUUGGGUAAAGAUUUGUCCUUCUUUCAAAUGAAGAUGGUGGCAGCUGCUAUUUUGAGCAAUUACCGUGUCCAAGUGGUGGAAGGUUACGUUGCUACCCCAAGCCUUUCAAUUGUUCUUCUUAUGAAGGAUGGUUUGAAGGUAAAGAUAACGAAAAGAGAAAUUUAGUUUGACGUGAGAAUUCUGGUAUCAAAAGUGCAAAAGAGUGUUGAAGCCAAUGUGUCUUUACAGUCUUGUCUUUGUGUUAGCAAACCUAGCAAUGUACAAUUAGAU